CAGGGUAACCAUUUCCCCAGAGCAACGACCACAACACCAAUCUAAGGUGGUCCAAACAAGCCCUCCAUCCAUCCCCGCUCUCUAUCAUCUUCCUCUGACCUGAGUCGCUGUCAGCAGCUUGGUGAGCCCCGGGACCAAGGCGUUCCUCCCUAGGAAAGAGUGGGGAGGCCCUUGUGGGACAGCUCGCGAAAGCUCUUGGAGGAUAUCCGUCCUUGAGUCGGUUUGGGAACAAGCUUACGUGGGGCUCGGCGCCCGCACCCCUGCAGCCCCGCCAUGCAUUGCAGGUCUUACUAUUUGCUGGAGAAAGAAUUCAUGGAGCUUCAAGAACAAGAGCUGUUCGGCAUAACUGUGACUCCACUAACUGAUGAUUUACUCAAAUGGAUAGCUGAAAUUGAAGGGCUGAAGGAUACAGAUUGGGAAGGAUUUACAUUCCCUUUGAUCCUGCAGUUUUCAGUGAAGUACAACAUUGUCCCUCCAGUUGUGACAUUUAGUUGUAUUCCCUUCCACCCAAAUGUUGACCCCGUAUCUGGCCGACCAUGUAUAGAUUUUCUAGACAAUCCUGAUCUUUGGGAUAAGAACUAUACACUAAGUAGCAUCUUGCUUUCUAUUCAGGUUAUGCUUUCUAAUCCAACAGUGAACAAUGCAGUUAAUUCUGAAGCAGCGAAAAUGAUGAUGGAAAGCAACAAAUUAUUCAGAGAAAUAGCCCUGAAAUCUAUCUACGAAAGCUACAAUUUAGAUGAGGAAACUGAAGAAGAAGAAGAGACUUCAGUCAGUAUUGAGUUAGUAGAAGGAACAAUUUCACCCCUUUGUGAAAAAACUGUUAAAGGAGUUUCUUUUGAUGAAUACUACAGGACAUGGUCUGGAAUUGCGACGUCACAAACAGCUAACUGUUUCAAAAUUCCAGUAUCUCAUGAUAUCACGGGAAGUUACCAAAAAUGGAAGAAAAGUCACAUAAAGCCAGACUGGGAUGCGAAAUUCCAUUCUGUCAUGGCUAGAAUUGCUCGGGAAAAUAGGUUACCCUCAAAAUUAGAUAGAAGCUUUAUACAAUCCAUCAAGAAUGCACAGUACAACGCAUCAGAGACAAAUAUGAAUCUUAUGGAUUUGGAAAGUAAAGGAGAAGAUGAUGCCGAAAGCUGGAAUAGCAAAGAGAAGAAAAAUAAAAGUUCCAAAGAAAGCGAUGAUAUGGAUGAGGCCUGGGAAAAUGAAGUGGAGAACCUGGUAGCUUGGACUAACAAACUCAAUGCAACUACACUGGAAGACUGAGUUUCACCCUCGAGGCUAAGAAGGAACUCUUGUCUGCCUUCCCUUGGAUCAGGGGUCUUUGUGGAGCUGGUUCUGCUGGUUCCAGUCCUUUUGAAAUCCUCUUCUCAAUCUGCUGAACAGCAGGGUUAAAAUAUAGAUCUAACUCAUUUGGAAACAUAAAACAGAGUUGGUUGAAUACUGAUUGCUUCAGUGUUCUGAAGAAUUGGGGAGAAACAGAACUUUCACUGGUUCUGUCCAUAGCAAGUGGUUCAAAUUGCAAGUUCAUUUAACUGGGGGGCUGAAGAGAGCUAGAGACUCCACUCUGUGUGGAAGGGAGAUGAGAGAUCCUGGGAAAAUAGGACUUGCUGCAAGGUGAACAAUGGGAAGACAUUAAUGGAUCAGUCCUACUAACUAGAUUCUUAAACUCUCUUGUUUCUAUGCUACUAUAGUGUAUUGCUAUUUAGGGGAGAGCCAGGAAAACCUGGUAGGAGUGCUGUAGUUUGCGACUAUAGACAAACAUGACAACAUGGGGUACCUGAGAAGAGAUAUUGUAGGAAAGAGAAGAGGGAUAUAGGGAAAGAAGUGGGAGAGUUUUGAGCAAUUUUAUUUAUUAAAAUUUUUACCUGAGUCUGUCCUCAUGGAAAGGAGGAGAAAAUACUCUUCUUCCUCCUUUCUGCACAAUAUGUUUCCAGCUCCUAUUCCUGGGAUCCAGAGAUAAGAUUAAUACAUGAAAACAAGAAUUGUAGCCCAUUAAAAAAUAUCAUUUCCAUAGGAAAA